AUGCGAAGAGCGCCUUUUGAGGAAAAAACAAACGAGGAAAGAGUCGAAGAGGUGGGGAAAGGCAAGAUUCAUUCUGAAAGGCGGGUAAUAAUGGAGUACCUUACGAUGGCCUCGGAGCAGACGGGGGACUACAAUUUAAAGUACGACUUGGCCCUGUGCCUAGAGGCCAUACAGGGAAAGGAGAACAUGCAAGUGAAGGAGCUGAAGGAGGCUGUCGUUGAACUUUCCGCUGAAAACGAGAAGCUGGUCCACCAGUGCAGCGCCCUGCAAAUACAGCUUCUAAACAGAAGCUCCCAGUAG